CCCCCCAAGGUGUCAGUGGACCCCCGGAACCAGACCUUUACCACGGGACAGGAAGUGAGGAUCAGGUGCUCGGCCAGAGGUUACCCCGCCCCCCACCUGGUCUGGACACACAAUGACAUGUUCCUCAUGGGUUCCAGCGGGUGAGGUCACAGCCUUUCACCUCUCACACAGGUCACGCAGGUCAGGGGUGGCAGAAGGCUGCUGUGUCUUGUGUUUGUUUUGUCUAUUGUGGUGCUCAAGGCUCAAGGGUUAUCGUGCUUUGGUGGCGCUUACAUUUACCAAAUAACUAAAUAAUUUAGUCCGAGCUGUUGCUAGGGAUCUUCAGAUGACUGUGUGCUAAUGUACUUCAUGGAGUGUUGUCUGUGUUGCUACUUUGUUGCUGUGUUAUUACAGGUGUGUGUAAAGGAGGUUUAUGUGUGUUAAUAUGUAUUAACCCUUUGACCUCCGGCCCCUGUGCAGACACAGGAUGACCCCUGAUGGGAGUCUGCUCAUCAGGAACAUGGAACAGAAGGAUGCUGGAGUGUACGGCUGUCUGGCCAGCAACCUGGCUGGGACAGACACACAGACAUCCAUCCUCACCUAUAUCGGUGAGUAGGACACAAAAGACAUGCAGACGGACUGACAGACUCCUUUAACCUGUGUUGUGCGCUGUCAGUCUCCCUCUCUCACACUGUCACCCCCUGGUCUCUUGUCUUCUCCCAGAGUCCCCCGUGGUGAUUGUGGUGCUGAGUGAGAUUCUGAUUGGUCUAGGGGAAACCACCAUCUUGGCAUGCUCUGCCUCUGGGAUCCCCCAGCCGGAGAUCAGGUGGUACAAAGGUAAGGGAUGUUGA